AAUCCGGAAUUAACCUCUGACCUCGUGAAACUAUGGCUGGUCGAGCAGAAGCAGGAGGACGAGGAGGGAAAGGGAGAGAGAGAGGAGAGAGAACUGGGUCGGUCUUGCUGGAGGACAUUCCUCACAUCUCCCCGCACGAGCUCACGUGGUGCGAGGGAGCAGAGGUGGAACGAGGCAGCUUCGGCGACGUCAGGAAGGCGAGAUGGCGCGGCAAUGACGUAGCGGUGAAGCAGUUUAUCGUGGCAGACAAGAAGGGAGGGAUUUCGGAGGAGAUAGCUGGUUUUUCCAUGGUUCACGGACAUCCGCACAUCAUUCGUUUCUACGGAGCACACAUCAUACCUAUCAGUCUGGAUGACAGACCAUUCAUUGUGAUGGAGUUUGCUCCGUUCUCUCUGGGGAAAGUCCUCCAUGAGAGGAGAGACCUGACCUACACAGUGGACCAUGUCAUGAACUGGUCUCUGCAAAUGGUCAUGGCUCUCGAGUUUGUCCACAAGAAAGAAGUCCUCCAUCGAGACAUCAAACCCUCCAACAUUCUUCUGUUUGAAAAUGGUCGAGUGCUAAAGUUGUGCAAUUUUGCCACUGCUUGCAAGUUGGAACACACACUCACCAACGCUGUGGGAACUGCUCUCUACAUGGCCCCUGAAGUCAUAAAGGAUGAAGAGGCACGACAAUAUAUUGAAGAAGCCAUGAAGCAGGGCUAUGUGAACGUGACACUCGUCAAAGUGAUUGUGGAAGGACCUGCGGGUGUCGGCAAAACCUCAGUCAUUUACCUUCUCCUUGGAAUACCGCCUCCAAAAGAUAGACACAGCACUGGUUGCGCCGAGCGAGCAAUUCGAGUGAUACGUGUGGGUAAGGAGGGGGAAAAGUGGAGCGAAAUCCCUGCCAAAGAGUUCCAGGAAAUGAUUGCAGAAGCGGUUCCUAUUCUGUAUGAAGACCUCAAAGCCAAGGGAAAGGGGAUGGAGGAACUGGAUAAGGUUUUAUCAAGUUUAAAAGAGGGACAGAGAGGGGAGCAGGGAGAAGGAGAGGGAGGGGGAGGAGGAAGGGGAGAGGGAGGGGGAGGAGGGGGGGAGGGUAAAGAAGAGAAAGGAGGUUGGGAAGAGGAAAAGGCGGUGAAGGGUAAGAAGAGAAGGGUGUUGGUGGAGAAGAGAAGGGUGAUGAAGGAUGAAGCCGCAAAUGUAGAGAAGAAAGAUGGCACAGCAGUUAUUGAUAGCGUGAUCCAGAAGUUGACUCAACUAGUGGGUGGUGGGAAAUCGUCACGCCGUCUCCUGGACAUGGAUUUAAUCUACCUAACCGACACAGGUGGCCAGCAACCGUUCUGGGACCUCAUCCCGAUAUUCGCAUCCGACACGUCAGCCACCCUCUUUGUCCUCCGGCUCUGCGAGAAGCUUGACGAGCACCCACGCAACGACCUCUACCAGAGAGGGAAACAGGUUGGUCCCAGCCAGCGAGCCACACUCACUACUGCCGAAGCCUUCAAGACCAUGCUUCGAGGCCUGCACGAAGUGGAAGGAAAGUCCUCCAAGAUCAUUGCCGUCGGAACGCACCGGGAUUUAGCAGAUGACUGCGAAGAGACACUGGAAGAAAAGAACAAGAAGUUUGCUGCAAUAGCGUCGCCUCACUUUGAGAAAAAUGUCGUUUUCAGAAAUGAUGGCAUGCAGGAGAUAGUUUUCCCAGUCAAUGCGAAAACUCCAGACGAAGACGACGAGAAAGAGGCGCGUAAAAUCAGAGCCAGCAUUGAACAGGGAGCCACACAACACAAGAUUCCGAUAUGGUGGUUCAUCCUCCAGAUGAUCCUGGAAAGACUAGCUCACAACCACGGGAGAGAUGUUCUGAGCAAAGACGCGUGCGUCCAUAUUUCAGACACGCUGGGGUUCGCCGAGGGAGAACUCGAUGCUGCACUGGCCUUCUUUGACAAGCUCAACAUUUUCCUCUACAAAAAGAGCAUUCUUCCCAGAGUCGUGUUCACCAAUCCGCAAGUCCCCAUGGGCAACCUCUCAAGGCUCGUGGAGAAGCAGUACCACCUGAAAGCUGCAGAAGCUGAUCCGACAAAAGCUACAUGUGUGGCAAUGGGCGGUCAGUGGAAAAACUUCCGCGACUGUGGAAUCCUCACCCUCGAAUGUCUCAAGGAAUUCAAGGACCACUACGUCGAUGGGAUUUUUACACCUGCAGAUUUUCUUACAUUGCUCCAAAACCUCUUUGUCGUCUCCAAAUUGUCCGCGAAUGAGUACUUCUUUCCGGCAAUUCUCAGCAAGACCACUGAAACCAAGAUUAACGUGUGCCUCAUGUCAUCCAGAACCACCAAGAUAGCUCCUCUGGCGGUGGAGUUCCCCACUGUCUGGGCUCCUCCCGGUGUCUACUGCUGCAGUGUGUGCCACCUUCAGUCCCACUCUGGCUGGAAAGUGGUGAAGAAACCGCCCAUCAAACCACGCAGAAGGAGUUCAAACGCAUCCCCCGCACAGCACCACUCAAUUUCUCGCAACUGUAUUGAAUUCACCAAAGUUGGCAGGCCUGGUUCAGUGACAUUCAUCGAUAGGUUUUCUUCAUUUGCAGUGUGUGUUAACAUAGACACCAGCAAGAUGGAGCGAGAGGAUUUAGCUCAGCAUUGCCAGGCCAUCAAGACCGAGAUCUUUGCCGCAGUCGAUGCAGCCCUGGAGAACACCCACCACAAAGACACUCACCCAACCUCUGCUUUCUUCUGUCCCAGACAGGAUGCCUCUUGCAGCACCCAGCUACACGUUGCACACCUCUCCAGUAACGGGAAGCAGUGGAUAUGCUCUGCCAACAGUGGAGUAUUCGACUAUCUCACUCUUGACCAGACAUUGUGGCUCAGUGGAACUGGUAGGUAUACAUACAUCAUGUACAGUUAUGGGGAGAGGUCGUCCCUUUAUACACUAAAAUACUAGCAUGGGGUUGAAACAAGUGUCCUUUGUAAAAGGACGUCCCAAUCUAGGAUGGGUCCUUAUCGUAGGUACCACUGUAGUAUACGUAUAUAGUGCAUGAGCUUUAUAUUCUUGUGAUAAACUUCUCCUUCUUUUCUCUUAGAACCUGUUGUUCAUUCAAAGACUUCCCUUCCCAAACUCCGCGACCUGGCAAAUCGCGUCGCAGCAAUAAUUCCCUACAAGUGGAAUGAAGUUGCUAUUCAGCUGGAUCUCAGCAAAGGUGAGAGGAAGGCCAUAGAGAGUGACAAAGACAAAUCCUUUGAUCGAUUUGUUGCCGUUCUCGAACAAUGGGAGCAAUCAGCCAGGGUGCCUACACUUGGAAAACAAUUGUCAGUGUCUUAA